AUGCUGCCCCGGGCACUGCAGGAAGUGCUGGGAUGGAGUGUGCAGCACAACCCGCUCGUCAGGGAGUUCCUCCCCAUUCCCAAACAAGUCCCGCCCAAUCACCCUUUGCCGUAUCUGUCACCAGCAGAUGUGCAAUCUUUUGUCACCAAUGUACAAGCCUGCAAACCACUCACACUUGCCACCCUGGAAACUGCGGAGGCAGCACACUCUCUGAUAUCUGUGGUUGUGCCCGCCGUCCAGCGUGCAGCUGUCAAGCAUGCACCAGUGUUGUACACUGCAGGAACGUUGGUCCCGCGGCCGCCCACCACAGCGAUGGCCAUGUUCCCAUAUAUGUUUCCCUUUGGAGCUGGCGCGUUUGUGGGCAGCACCACCCUUGUCAAGUACUUGGUGUACCGCGCCAAGUGCCUCUUCAGUGUCUGGACAUUGUGCAAGCCGUACCUGUUGCUGAUGCAUGUGCCCGUCAGAGUGCCUGGCUGCAAAAGCAAAAUACAGAGGUCAUCAAACAUGCAGGCGCAGCCUCAGCUCUAG